GAUAAGAUAAAGGGGUGAAACAGGGGCAGAGUGGAAUAGACAUAGCUUUAGGCAUGGCAGCCAGAAUUGGUUCAUGCAUGAUUCUGCCUGCAAAGGAAAGAAUUAGUUGUUGUAUAAGUACUCAACCAAUCUCAAUACCCGCCAUUGAUGAUCAUCAUGGCCAUGAUCAUGGGAGAAGAAGAAGAAGAUCAGGACUCCUCCUUAUAUCCACAUUAUUACUUGCAACCUCUUCAAAAGCAAAAGCAGCAGAUACUAAUAAUGAUCAAGCUCAACUCCUUCAAAAAUACCUGAAGAAAUCAGAGGAAAACAAAGCCAAGAAUGAUAAAGAGAGACUAGACAAGUAUUACAAGAGAAAUUACAAGGAUUACUUCGAUUUUGUUGAAGGGUCUGUUAAGGGGAAAACCAGAGAUCAACUCUCUGAGUCAGAGAAGGCAAUUCUUGAUUGGCUUGAAGCCAACAAAUAGAUCCAGACUUAAUUUAUAUCAUCAAUAUUUCAUCAUUCUUUCUAUCUUUGUUUGAAUACAUUAUGCCAGUCUUUAAUUUUUUCUUAUGAUUAAACAUGACUACUAUUA